AUGGGUUUCCAUUUACAUGGUAUCCGAAGGUCAUCAUUCACAAGUAGCCAAGCAGCUGCAAAAGUACCAAAGGGCUAUCUUGCGGUAUAUGUUGGAGAGAAGCACAAGCGGUUUGUGAUUCCCAUAUCAUAUUUGUACCAACCUUCAUUCCAAUACUUGCUUAGUCAAGCUGAAGAAGAGUUCGGACAUGAUCAUCCCAUGGGUGGCCUCACAAUUCCUUGCAGCGAAGAUGUCUUUGAACGUACAACUUCUGGCUUGAAGGGACAAUAA